GGACCCUGAAUAACUUUUUGUGUUUUGGCAGUUUGGACAAGAGAUGGGAAUAAAUCUUUCUUUCAUGCAAGCACUUAAAAAUGCAUGCACCAUUCACAUCACUUUUAAGCCUCCAGAUUCACAAAUGACAGAUAGUCCUCAUCCCCAGAUUUAAAGUGGGUUUCUUUGCUUCUCUGGUCCAGGGUCUUGUCUAAGAGUAAGUGAGUGCCAAAGCCCUGGAGUAGAUAACAUAGCCAGGAGGAACUUAAGCUGUACCAUUUGAAAAUACACAGUGGAAAAUAAAUGAAAAUAGCUAAGACAGUGUGUCAGUAUUUGAGCCCUAAUGUUAGCCAGAAAAAUCCAUUCUUUUGUAUGUUGGUUGCCUAUUCUGCUAAUGCAGUCUAUCUCAUUUUUGACAGAAGACACCUUCAAAAAAUAUGGGAUCUUUAUAAAGGGCUACUUCUGUGUUUCAGCAUUCCUUAAAUUAACUGAAAGCAUGCAGUCAGUAGUGAGGUAGCAUUUAUCAAUAUACAGAAUUAACCAUUGCUUCUUAAUACAAAUUUCCACCUAACUGGCCCUUUUUGAGCCCUCAGUUGGCCAAACAGCUUCCACUGGUAGUUCUUUAGAAUUAAGGAGCUUGUGGAACAAGUUAAAGUAAUGCCAGACAGAAAUUGCUUUCACUGGAAGAGUCUGUAUGAUCAUUUUCUGAAAAGAAGGCAUAAAGUAGCUGGAACAUAUUCAAGGAAGGAUUCACCUCAGAAAAACACAUAUAUAAGCACUUGUAUAGCUUUGGCUAAUAUCCUAAACUAAAGCUAUUUAAAAGGGUUUUUUCUGAGUGGCAUGAAAAAUGAAAAGUAAUAUGGUUAAAAUGGAUCUCUAGAUUAUCAGUGCCCUUACAGAAGUUAUAUGGAAGGUGAAUGUUUCAUUCUGUUUAAAUCAAGUUAUCCUGCUGUCAUUAGAAAUCUCUGAGGUUCAGCCUUGUGGAAGGAUUUAAAGGCAACACUUCAACAAUAAUCGGAUUAGAAGGUCUUGCAUAGCUACAUGGUCUGAAAAAGAGAUAAAAGAAACAGGAGUUCAAACUUGCCACAAAGCAAGGCAGUGAGCUGUGUGGUGCAGAAUCAACACAUUGUUCUGAGACUUUGAUUUUGACAGUUACCUGAAGUAGGGAUGCCUGCAGAUUUCAAUGGUUACUGGAAAAUGGUCAGCAAUGACAAUUUUGAAGAGUAUCUGAAAGCACUGGAUGUAAAUGUUGCUGUAAGAAAAAUAGCAAACUUGCUAAAACCUGACAAAGAAAUCCUUCAGAAUGGGGAUCAUAUGAUCAUUAAAACGCUAAGCACUUUUAGAAACUACAUCAUGGAAUUUGAUGUUGGAAAGGAGUUUGAGGAGGAUUUAGCUGGGGUGGAUGAUCGCAAAUGCAUGACUUCAAAGGCUUCUUCACCUCCCAGAGGAGCUCCAUUCUCUAUUACCCCUCAAGAACAAAGAAUAUAUAAUCCAAAAUAUGUGCAAUAUUGGUGGUUAGAAUUUUUGAGAAAAGUUAAAUUGAGGCAAGACUCAUUCUUAUUUAUCUCGCUCUAUUAACUUUUCUUGUGCUUCUUCAGUAUUUUUAAUCACACUGUUGACUAAUUGCAUUAAUCACUGUUUUCUAUUGAAGUUUCCUACAGAAUUAUAUGCAUUUAACCUAAGAAGUAUUCAUCUUAGGUUUAAGCAUGAUCAGGUAGUAAGUAUGCAAAACUUAAGCUUGCUUAUGAUGAACUAGAUGAUGUGCUACCUAGUUGAAAGGAGUAAGUGAAGUCUUCCAUUUAUCCUACAAGUAGUACGAGAUGCUCAAAAAGGCAGGAGCCUUCAGUUUUAGAGAAAUACUACAUUUUCAUCUAGUUGGUUCUGUUACCAUCAGGAAACUGCAGCUCUCCAGUGUCUCAAAGUUUGUCUACUUCUCCUCUUACUUGUGGUGGAAGAUGAAGAAUAGGAACAGUCUGCCCAGGGAUGCUGCGCUCACCAAACCCUGGCAAAGAUUUUCAGUCAUUCCAGAUAGGAAACAGUAGCUCAGUCUCUGUAAUCAGGCAAACCUUAGGUAAUGCUAUUAUCAAAAUGGUGAAAAACAAGGUUAAUUAUAAAAGCCUACUUUUCUAAGAAAAGUUGCUUUACAUAAAAAGUAAAGCAUUUAUCUUGAUAAAGUGUGUGCUGGGAGAAGAAAACAGCAGCAACUAAAGGUUCAUACAGAACUGCCUUACUAGUCUGUUCAAGUGCUUGACUCCCAAUUAUACAACAGCAAUAUCCUGAUCCAAUCUUUAAAAAUAAAUCUUUGCUCUUAUAUACAACAGAGAUCAUAUUUACCAACAUUUGCCCUACAGUGGUAUUUUUGGAAUAUUAUUAUUAUGUUCUGACUCAAAUAUUGGGAAAUGUUCUAAGGCAAGCAUUGCUGUAUCUUAGCUAUUUGAAAAGAGUGGACUAUUAGCAGCAACCAGUGCAUAUAUAACAGCCAUAUCAACUCCAACCUCAACUAAUACUCAACACGUGUCUCAACAGAGAUAUUUGGAAUGGAAGAACUUAUUUCAAUUUAAGUUAAAAGAGAAGUUUCUAUCUUCUGUAUUAGUUGUGUCUUUUAUUAUAUGAGACAUUACAGUUUGACCUAAAGAAAGAAAACAUAAAAAUGCUAGUGAUUAAUCUUACUGUCAUAAAGUGGUUGUUCCUGCUAACAAAGAGGAGGACAUUAUGUUCUCCUGCAAUAUAUUCUGUCCUUUAUAACCUUCAUAGCAAAUACAAAAAUCAGAAAGUGUCUGGUUUACUCAUAUCCCUUCAGUAUUUAUAUUUCUGAAAAGGAAGGCAGAGGAUUAUAACUGAGAAUAUUGGCUGAUAAAACAGCUUGGUUAAUGGUCUGUGGUAUUAUACACCUUGUGGUUAUCACCAAAUUGCCAAAAGCAGUAUCUAAUCUUGACUGAAAAAACAAGAAAGCCAGAGAAAAAAGUGUGCUGUUUUCUGAGAUGAAACAAUUUCAAUCACCCUUGGAGGCUGAAAAAGUUAGCAUUUCCUUGUGCUGCUGCAAACAUUUCUCAGUUGCUGCCAAGUGUACUAAGCUGGUGAAUAUUAUCAAGACUAAUAACUUCCACAACUGACUUUGAACAUUAGCAGUACGAAUAAAGUUGGAUCUUAUUUUAUCAUGGUAUAUUGCCUUUGCAUUCACAUAUAAACCCACAAAAUUUAACUAUUAAGCUAGUCUAAUGAUUAAACUAUGCUGAGCUAAUACUCAAUGGAUAAAAAUAAGUGUGGUUACUAAGCAAAGUUGCAUAUGCAAGUGCUUCAUUCCACAGUAUCCAUUCUCCCAGGGAUGGAGACUGCUGGCUGUACUCAUUUAAAGAUAGUGGCUAUCAUGGUUAUCAUUUAAGAAUUAAUUGUUUGUGACAUACACAAAUUAAAUAAAUAGGGCUGCAUAGUU